AUGGCUGCUCAUCACAUAGCCAAGUACGUCCGCCAUGCAGCUCCUGCAAAGCCACAUGUUGAUCCUAGAUUGAAGUGGAGCUCGAAGUUUCUUGGCGCCGCCAUGUGGUUCUACAUCUUUUACAGAGUGAAGAACGAUUUCAUUGAGGGCCACCAUUGA